CACUCCACUUCACCAACGUAAAUGGAAGUGUCAAAUGAAAAUUCAAAUCUCAGUUGUACGAACCCUAACCCGCCCAACAAUUCGAGAACGGUGUAUUUAAAAAGAGAAACAAAAACAAUUUGAAAACGGUUGACAGAGAAAAUGAAAUGCACUGCUAAACGAAGUUGAGUUGUAAGAGUUGAAUGGCUAUGGCGCAGGCAGCCAGAUUGAACCUGCGAAUGCAAAAGGAACUCAAACUCCUACUUACUGAUCCACCUCCAGGCGCCACUUUCCCUACUCUUUCCGACCACCACCACGCCGGCGGCGACUCCUCCCUCACCUCCAUCGAUGCGCUGCUUCAAGGACCUGAGGGAACAGUAUACUCUAAUGGCGUCUUCAAAAUUAAGAUCCAAAUACCCGAAAGGUACCCUUUUCAGCCUCCGAUUGUGACUUUUGCAACACCGAUAUACCAUCCUAAUAUAGAUAACGGUGGGCGUAUUUGCUUGGAUAUCCUCAAUCUACCGCCCAAGGGCAUGUGGCAACCAUCCCUGAACAUUUCAACUGUUUUGACAAGCAUCGGACUCUUACUAAGUGAACCUAAUCCUGAUGAUGGCCUUAUGCACGAAGCAAGCAGAGACUACAAAUAUAACAGACAAGCUUUUGAUCAGAAUGCAAGGUCCAUGACUGAAAAAUAUGCUCAAGCUGGAGUGGCUGAUAUGGCAAGGGGCGAAAAUGGAGUCCAGACGCAUACAAGUCAAAGCACAUCACAAACGAAAAUGGAAGGAUCAGUUGCACCCAUAUGCAUUUCAGAGCAUAGGAAGCUGUCACUGGAGUCUCUAGGAUGCAGUAACAAUGAAAGGAACAAUUGUGAGGAGAUGUCUAAAGUGGCAAUUCAUAAUUCCUCAAAGAACCAUAUUGGAAUCGGGCCACUGAAAGAAGCUAGCAAGGAUUCAUUUACACACACUUGGAUUUCUGGUAAACUACACACUGGUAGAUAUAAACUGUCACCAAAAGUUCCAGUUGAUUCCCAUAGUAGAAAUGGCGAAAGUGGAAAGAGCAGCAUGUCAAAUCAGUGUUCGUUGCUGAAAAUCCAGACUACUCCAGAUUCUCCAGAGUCCUCGUUGGUCCAGGCUGGCAACAUAGCACCCAUGAAAGAUGAAGGUCAUUUAGAAACAAGCCACAGCAUGAGUAUUGGUAAGGGACUGCAGUCACUACGCCGUGUUAGAACAAACCCGUGUAGGGACUCUGAUGAGAAAUCACAAAGCACUUCUCAGUUUACUGUUUCCAAUGUUGGUUCAGUCAGGCCACAAAAAAGCUCAUUGUCGUCCCAUAAAAGCAGCCACUGUAAAGCCAAUCCUCCUAAAGAUGCUAUUGCCAGAAAUGGAUACUGCUCCACAGGUAUUAGUCUUAAGAAAAGAGUCUUGGUUAGGGAAAUGCCAUCUCUAGAACCUUCGAGACUCCCUCAAAAUCAUUUAAUAGAUGAUAAAGAGAACAUGGCUCCUUCUCAAUGUUUGUCGCCUCAACAAACAGAGGGAGCUGCUGCAUCAGCCGUGAAAUCAGCUGUUAUUCCAGAAAGUGUCAUCUGUUGCUACAAAUCAGAGAAGAAAGCAGUAAUUGUGGCUCCUAAACUAUCUAAAACCGUUAAGCUUCCAGUGGAACCUUUGAAUCAACUACAAGGCAGCAAUGAGAAUGUGAUCAUGCAACCUGAGAAGGUAUCAGAUCUUGAUCUGACAUAUCUGUACCCAGCAAAUGAUGCCAAGUCUGGUAAGAAGCAGCCCACUGUUGAGGUUUGUGAUGGAGACAGUGCUGUAAAACUGGGUGAGGGGGCACCGGAUGCUGUGAUUGUGUUGGAUAGCGAAGAUAGUGAUGAAGACAAUAUUCCUAUGAGGUCCAAGUUAUCGCUAGCCAGAAGAGGCUUGUCUAGGAAGCGGAAAUCGGCCUUCUGAGUUCUGAUCCCCUCUGCCCGCUUUUCUGGUUGUAAGAAGCUUUUCAAGUUGUCUUCCUCAUUGUUAGGCGUUCAGUAGCAACAAUGAGAGUUGGAAAAUUGAAUUCCAUAAACUGUUUCUUUAGAAAUUUAUUGUGAAUAUAUGCUAAUCCUUUUUUGACACAUUUAUUCUGUAAGAAAACCAUCUGAAACAAUUGGCGAAACUGGCCUUUUUAUUUUUUA